AUAUCUCCUUACCAAGAGAUCCCAGUAGGGUUAGUUAAAUGGUGCUCAUAGUAAACUACUUUUCGAUGAAAAUAAUACACUAACUCAAUUCUGCCAUAUAUAGUUGAUUUAUCUCUUUGGGUAUUUUUUUUUCCUUUUACUAAGACCGUGCAUUAUUACAUGAUGUUCCUUAAUUGUCGUUGUAUUUUAUUACCUUACGAAUCUCAUUAAUGGGCUGGAGACUUUACUACAGUAUAAAAGCUGAAAGUGAAAACUUUCCACAAGUCAGUCUCAACCACCCCAAAGGGCAGGUAAAAGGUCAUUUCUUUUCAGGGGAGAUAGUCAACACUCGAUCGCUCUUGUGUUUGGGAGAUAGUAAACACAUGCCGGGAAUUUCAAUGGGUGUGUUGUGUUAGUUUGUGGCCAACUGCUGCGAAAGCUGCGAAUGUCUGCGAGCAUCUGUUAAAAGAGUUUUCUACCGACUGGAUUUCUUUUAACUAUCACAGGAAUUAUAGAGAGACGCUUAAAUAUUAUCUCCUUUUAUUGUUGACCUCCCCGUUGCAGAAUUUGUCACAUCAAUAAGAGCCAAAGCCAAAGCCAACGAAAGUUAAUUCAAGUUCGAAUCAAAAUUAAACAUGAACUUGAAGUUUUGAAGCUGUUUUUGUUAGAGAUAGAGGAAGAAAAAGCCAUUUUGAGUCCUUCGUGGUCAUAUCAUGUCAGGUUAAUGAGUCAAAAUAACUUUCAUGUAAAUUUUUUCUUUAGUUUUUAUCAGACGUCAGUUUGUUUCAAAUGCAUCCUCCAGAUACAUUUUGAUGCUGAUGUUACAAUCAACACGAGAAACGUCAACUUAAGCUAUGAGCCAGUCAGCAGCAAAAACAGUGCUGCAAAACAUUUUUACCUUUGCUACAAUUGUAGCUCAGGCAGAGACACCUGCUGUGACAUUGUGGAAUGAAGAGUCGGUGAUCAGAGCUUUACAGUGGGCAAGCUACUGCAGACAGCUUGCAGAUCGAUUGUGUGGUCGACAAUUAGCAAUUACACUUGAGGAACGACUUAAGGAAAUGUCUCAUCUUAUGGACAAUCAUUUCCUGUAUAAUCUGGACCUGCAGUUUCUUGCCCAAUCAGUUACUAUUCUUAUUGAGGCACUAGUUCACAAUCCCCACUUACCAGAAAAUCUCCUUCUUACUUUAAGGAAAACCUUAGAGAAGCAGUACAGUUCCUAUGUGUCAGUUUUGCAGCAGUGUUUAACUGCUUCUAGGAGUGAACUUCAGUUCUCCACUGCUGUGACAGUGCACAUGAAUAUCUUAAAGGACAGAAUGAAAAGCUGCACAGUAUCACACGAUGAUCCUAUGGUUAAAGAACAUGGGCGGCUACUCAUGGAGAAUCUCACUUUGUGGAUGGAAGCUGAUGGCUCCGAACGGUGUAAAAUACAGAUUGUCAAAAUUGCUAAGAGACUAAGCUGGUGUUCCACUGGUUGGAACAUCCUUCUGAUGCUUAUGGCAAUCGACAUGAGCAAGAUUGAGGAAUCCAAAAAAAAUCAUCUAGGUCAUGUGAUCAAUGUAAUUGUCAGCUGGUUCACUGAGGAAACCAGGGCCCUUGGUCCUGCAUGCCCUCUGUGGAGAGCAGAUCCAGUACUGUUAGCGAGUGUGGCUCAAAGAUGCACUUGUUUCUGUGAGUUUUACUUGUCAGCCUUGGAGCAGCAGAUGGAACUUCUGGAAGUCAGUUAUAGCUCACAAAGCACAUGUUUACAAUACCCAAAAGAAUGUUCCUAUUUUUGGAGGUCAAGGGAAAAGCCAGACAUCCCACUGUAUGCUGUAAUACUCCAGCAUUUUUUACAUUUGCUACAAACAGAAGAUGGGGUUGUUAAGAAGAAAGCUUUAGCUCUUGUGAGCUUAAAAACAAAGUGUUGUGUGUUUAGUGCCUGGACAGAUCUUGCCAAGGACCUCAUAAGGAAUCUUGCAUAUUGACAACAAUGAACGUCUGAUGGUCAACACUUGAUUGCUCUUCUGUUUGGGAGAUAGUAAACACAUGCCGGGAAUUUCAAUGGGUGUGUUUUGUUAGUUGUGGUCAACUGCUGCGAAAGCUGCAAAUGUCUGCGAACACAUAUGCUGGAUCAGUCAGUCUGGUCUUUUGACUGGUACCUGUUGUUGAGGGGAGCACGUGGAUAGAAGCAACAUCUGACGACCCAACACUCACGCCCGUUUUGGGGGAUAGUCAACAGGUCCUGCACAGAAUGACCAGUCACUCCUUAUGCUUAAACAAAAAUGUGUUAAGAAUUGUUAAGACUUCAGAUUACUGACAUAAGUUAAAUUUCAUAAUACAAAUUUAGAAGCAAUCUCCUCUAAGCAUUAAUUUGCUAAAUUCAAUAGUUUUAGUCAGUAUGCAAUGUAUCUUUUAUGUCCAUUAGGUAGCAUCUAAAAAUUAGGUGUUCUGCUUGUCAGGUUAAUAAAUGUUUCCAUUGCAAACAACUGUGCUGUUAGAAGCACUAAAUCCAAAGAUCUCUUUAUUGAAAUGCCAUAGGUUGUAUUUGGGUAUCAAAUAAAUACUGUAAGAUUGUAGUUCUAUACUCUAAUUUUCCUAUGUUUUAAAAUUGCAUUAGAAGCAAUGUCCACACAGCACAUUUUGUAUGAAAUUUUGUUUGAAUGUGAAGACAAAUAUUUGUUUCACUUUAGUAAGUUAAUAUACUCUAUAUCAUUAGUCAUAUUUAUUGCUUAUGUUUCAUGUAUCUGUCCAUCUGGUAAAUACUGAAGAGGGAUGGGUUGUGUUGUUAAUGAUGGUGUUUGUGAUCUGUGAUUUAAAUUUUACUGGUACACAGUUCAAAGGCUUUGACAGAUACUUACACACCUUUUUUUCCUAUGUCAAACUUCUUUUUCUUUAGUUUAGCCAGUCCACUAAUCUCUACAAAUGCAGCAUUUAUUUUAAGAGAUAAACAAAUUAUCAAAAUACAGUAAUUCUUUCAUAUAUAAUAGACAAAGAAACCUGAGUGAUGUCUAUAUGUCUGCUAAAUUACAAUUCUGUAUCUUAUUUAGAAAAAAAACAAGCCCUUUUCAAAGUUAAGUUAAACGGUGCUUAAAUCAUCAUCUUCCAUCUGUGCAUAGCCUUUUACUUAUAUAUACAUAUUUAUAGAUGGUUCCAUGUUUUAGAAUUUGUUUCUGCUUUAUAAAUAAUGUCAAAUAUA